UGACAGGCAGCGGCUGGGGACUCCAUCCCAUGCAGAGGACGGGGGCGUCUGCAGCCCCUGACCCCUGUCCCAAGUGGCUGAAGGCUUCAGGGGCUACCAGAGCAGGUGUGGGUCGGGAGACCUCUUUUGCCCUCCCAGAUGCCAAGAAUCUGGACAUUGCGCUGAGAAGGACUCAUCAGCCCGGGAACCCGGCCAGGGCAGCCCCGCCCUGGGGGCUGGCCCAGCCCAGGACCUUUCAUUACGGCAUCCGGGUGACCAGCAGAGCUUGGACGGCCAGGACGAAAGGCAGCUUGGCAGGGCCUCAGGAUGGACCCCUUCUCAGACACACUGCAGCGACUGCGGGAGGCCUUCCGCUCAGGGCGGACGCGGCCUGCCGAGUUCCGGGCGGCGCAGCUCAAGGGUCUGGGCCGCUUCCUGCAGGACCACAAGAAGCUUCUGCAGGAGGCGCUGGCACAGGACCUGCACAAGUCAGUCACUGAGUCGGAGAUUUCUGAGAUCAGCUUGACCCAGGGUGAGGUUAACUUGGCCCUCAGGAACCUGCGGACCUGGAUGAAGGAUGAAAAAGUGACCAAGAACCUGGCCACGCAGCUGGACUCUGCCUUCAUCCGGAAGGAGCCCUUCGGCCUGGCGCUCAUCAUCUCCCCCUGGAACUACCCCGUGAACCUGAGCUUGGUGCCCCUGGUGGGCGCCCUCGCAGCAGGGAACUGCGUGGUGCUGAAGCCCUCGGAGAUCAGCAAGAAUACUGAGCAAGUCCUGGCCGAAGUGCUGCCCCAGUAUCUGGACCAGAACUGCUUUGCUGUGGUGCAGGGCGGGCCCGAGGAGACAGGGCAGCUGCUGAAACACAAGUUCGACUACAUCUUCUUCACGGGGAGCCCUCGAGUUGGCAAGAUUGUCAUGGCCGCUGCCACCGAGCACCUGACACCCAUCACGCUGGAGCUGGGGGGCAAGAACCCCUGCUACGUGGACGACAACUGCGACCCCCAGACCGUGGCCAACCGCGUGGUCUGGUUCCGCUGCUACAACACGGGCCAGACCUGCGUGGCCCCCGAUUACGUGCUGUGCAGCCCUGAAAUGCAGGAGCGGCUGCUGCCUGCCAUGCAGAGUGCCAUCACCCGUUUCUAUGGCGACGACCCCAGGAGCUCCCCAAACCUGGGCCGCAUCAUCAAUGAGAAGCAUUUCCAGAGGCUGCAGGGCCUGCUGGGCUGUGGCCGCGUGGCCAUCGGAGGCCAGAGCGACGAGAGGGAUCGCUAUAUCGCCCCCACGGUGCUGGUGGACGUGCAGCAGACAGAGCCGGUGAUGCAGGAGGAGAUCUUCGGGCCAAUUCUGCCCAUCCUGACCGUGAGGAGCCUGGACGAGGCCAUCGACUUCAUCAACCGUCGGGAGAAGCCCCUGGCCCUGUACGCCUUCUCCACCAGCAACCAGGUGGUCAAGCAGGUGCUGGCCCGGACCAGCAGCGGAACCUUCGGUGGGAACGACGGCUUCAUGUUCAUGACGCUCAGUAGCCUGCCUUUCGGAGGAGUGGGUAACAGCGGGAUGGGAAAAUACCACGGCAAGUUCUCCUUUGACACCUUCUCCCAUCACCGCGCCUGCCUGCUGGCCCACUCAGGCCUGGAGAAGCUCAAGGAAAUCCGCUACCCGCCAUACUCAGUAUGCCGCCUGAGGUUGCUGCUGAUGGCCAUGGAGACCCGCUGUACCAUACUGUGAGCCCGUCUCGGGCACCUGGGCACCAAGUGCUGCUCCGGCUCAUGUAUGAGUCCUCCACCUUCACCUGUGGCUGGUGAAGACUGGCCUGGGGUCCAGGGUACAAGUAGGAAAAAACCUGCCUGGAUCACAGCCCAGAUCAGUGCUUGCCCUCUUCUCUCCUGCAGCUCCUACUUCUAGGAUCGGCCAAGGUGAGGGAGCCUGGGAAACAGUGCAGUAACCUACCCUCCAGCGCCUCACUAGCCACCCGUGACCUGGCAGAGGAGGGCAAAUGUGGGCACCUCUGAGCCACCCCCUUCCUGUGGAGGGUGCAGCACAGCGGGAGCUGGCAUCUGUUCCAGGCCUCAUCGUGGGUCCACUGUGACCUGAGCCGUCUCUGUCUUGAGCCUUUUCUCCAUCUGUACAGUAGAGAUGACUAAUAAUCAGUAUCUCCCGAGAUCGCUGUGGAGGUUACAUUUUGGAGCUUAAUAAAUAUGAGUUGCUGACCUCACGCGCCAGACAUUCUGUCUCCUCA